AUGCAGCUGUUAUUUACCAUAACUACGGUAUAUUGCUCGUUACUCACAACGUAUAAUUGUUUCGGGAUUAAUCUGAUCGACGUGAAGCAAGACAUAAAUGCAUCAGAAGAAACGACUGAAAAAUUCACGACGUGCAGCGCUACAGAAAGUACUGACACAACUUCUAGAGUUUAUCCGCCGAUAAGAACAACUGUGAAGAACCAAAAGAGGAGAUUCAUGAUAGUAACACCCAUUCGACCAGUCUUUCGUCAAGCGGAAAGGUUCGAGGAUGAAAAGGACAAGAAUCUGAAGAAUAAAAUAUCAAUGCUCGUCCAGCAAUCGAUACACGACGCGAAACUCAAGAUGAAAACUGUCGAUAAUUUGAAGGAGAAGUACAAAGACGAUCCCUCAUAUCGAGUCGGAUUCAUUUUUAGCAACUUAAAGAAGUCCAAAGAUAUCAUGAGUGAAUUGUUCAAUGUGGCCGUCAAACAUCGCCAUGAUUGGAAGGCGCUGGAGCAGAUGAAAAUUUUCGAGUUGAUAGUUCACACGAACGUAGAUACCACCAACUUGGUCAGGCAGCUGGUUGAGAUUCAUCUGCAAAACCUGAACUCAACCGAUCCAGUGGCUUUUAGGAAGAGAGUAGUAUUGCUU